AUGAACGGACUCAGAAAAUUGAAGAAGGGGAUCAGCAGCAAGCGAGGCGACCCCCACGUCGCCCAACACGGCCAAACUCCAUAUGAUGAAUGGGAGGAGCAACAACGAUAUUAUUCGCCUUCACCGUUGGUGAGCUCAUCACCAUGGACGCCGCUGGUGAGCGCUUCACCACGGACGCCGCUGGUGAGCCCUUCAUUGAGGACGCUACAGGCGAGUCCUUCACCGCGGGCACCACCGGUGAGCCCCACGGGGUCACCAAAGACCCCAGGAGGGAGCCAGAAGAAGCAAGUGCUGGGCAAGGUAAAGAACAAGGCUAAGAAAUGGAUGCACCUUCUGCAUCACAAAAAGAAGCUUCCCCCGCACGAUGAGAUGAUGAUGUGGACACCACGUAUCGGGCCCAGCUCGGAUGACACCUACGGCAGGGGGGGACAAUACGAUGAUGAUGAGCGCCUUGGAACCCCAAGCACGGCACUACACCCAUCUUCAUUUGCUGAGUCAGAGUUCGAACCUGAGGUCUACGUGCAAGCAUCAUCAAGGCAGAACACGCCAGCCCCGAGCCCCACCGCUUGCCAGGAACAACCAUUCUUCAAGGUCAGCAGCAGGUUCGAGUCAGAAAUGAAGGAAGCCAAUGAAAUGCUGAUGGAAUCGAAGAAGCUGCGGGUCAAAACAUCCAAGCAGAAGACUGUGACAUUUGCACCGAUACUAGAAUACGGGCCAGAAAUCGAAAACAAAGUGUGGAGCGACAAGGAACGCCCUGAAUCGACAACCGAGAUAUUCAGAAAGGCAUGUGCUACAGUAUUCCAGGCUGCCCUCAAGAUAGUCUCUGGAAUCCAAGAUACAAUGGUAGCAUACAAUAUCGACAAAAGGCACAUGGUAGAGAAAUUAGUAUCAGUUAAUAGGUACCUUCUGCUCAAACUGGAGCCUAGUCCAGAUGACGAAGCACUUGCGGAAGUCAUCACUGAGGCUGUCCUAAAUCUGUUAGACGCGUGGACUGAGAAUGUCGAAAGGCCUUUGAUGCAGAGGGCGAAGACAAUCUCUUCUUGGUUCCUGCAAGAAGGGAGAGUAGAAUUACCUCCUGUUUCGCUGUCUACACGUCCUCGUGCUGCACAAGGUAAGCCACUAUUGUGCAAGGACAAUCCUAUCUGCAAAAAUAUGUCACUGAACACUAUAUUAGCUAACUGGAAACUUAUGACAUGCAGGUGCAGAAGAGUUCUAUUAAUUAGAGGAUUAACCACUGCUUGA